AAGAAAACGGCUGUUAGCUCCAAGUUUAGCUAACUUGUUAACCACACGAUGACUGACCGCAUCUUUUAACAAGCGAUCAAUGACACAAAGCUUCAAAAUUACAAGCGAAAUGGCAAUAUCUUCAUCAUUUCUAAACCCUUCUACAAUGUUAACCGUUGAACUUUAAGCUGUUUGUUCGUCAGCAGCGAACGACGUUAGCUAACGUUAGCAACACAGUGGACUCGGUGCGGGGCCUCGCCACAUGCGCGCCGUUAGCGUGAAGCUCAAUCGCAAAUUUCUCUAUGUACCGCCUUCGAACUGAGCCAGUAACACUUUAUACACAAUAAAGGUAGAUAUACAUCGAACAGUGUCUUGUUAAAAUAGAAUUCAACAACCCAACAUUCGCUUUAAAUCAAGAAAUACGUUCUGGACAAAACGUGUACCCACCCGGCCUCUAGCUGAGCCUCAACGAAAAGAGAGAGGAAGAAGCUUCUGCUGAAAUACGUCACUUCCUCCUGCAUGGUUUCCUUGGCAAUAAAGUGCUGAGCAGCAACAGUAGCAACAUCAUCAUGUUCCACAGCACAGAGGUUUCCAUGGUGAGGUAUUGUAGCAUUUUUCAGUUGCUUCAAGUCACGUGAAGGAUGGCACAGUAAUGUCAGGAGGACACUGGUGGUAUUAGAUAUGACUGCAGUAGGAAAAGACUUGAUCCGGGCUCGUCCUGCCAACAAAGAGUUUCACCUGUCGUCAAACGUCCCAUUUCUGGACAGCAAUCCAGAUGCAUUCUCAACCCGUUUCCAGGAGGACUUCCAGCCUUCAUCUCCCAAGAAGACUGUGUCUUUUAGUCUGCCUACACUGGCUCAGGUGGACCACAAGGACGUGAGAUACAUCAAGGAGUACCUGACAGAUGCGUUAGUGUCCUACAAACGUCACCCAUUGCCACAGAUCACCCGCAUUCCACGCUGGACUGCACUUUGCACCAACUUCAAGAUGCAAACAGACGACAAGGAGGAUACUUUCCUCACCACUCAGUCCCAGAAAUUCCAGCCUCAGCCCUUCCAAGCUCGCCGUGAUCCCAUCCUACCAGUACUUGCCAUCAAGAAGAUCCAGGAAGUGGAAUGGACUCCAGAAAGCACCAGCAAAGCCUCCUUCACCCCACAGCAUGUCUCUCCUGUUGUAAAAGCCACAGUUAAACAUCUAGAGAAGGGCUUUCCCACUUUCAAAGGGGAUGGAUGCCAUCGUACUUUUGUUUCCCAGUACAGCAACACCUACCAGGGAGCCUGGAGCAGAGCUGCUCAGUCCGUGGAAAAGCACACCUCCUGCGUGGCUAUGGGGGAUCCCUUGAAGAUUGUAGAAAGAGAGACGACCCAUGCUGCGUCAUUCAGCCGGCCCGCUGCCUGCAGGCUACCUGUAGUGAGAGAGCGUUUGAAGCUCAACCUUGGGAACUUCUCUAAGGACUCAUGGUCGUGCACGUCCAGUGAAGAUUUUUGUUACCGCAAGCCAGGGAAUCGAGUUGUUCUGACAAGGAGAAACAAAUACUCCAGUUCCUUGCCCAAGGGGGACAUUGGUACGAGGGGCAACAAAGAGAGGAUGUCUGUCACCACCAACAGAAUCUCAUUCCCCAAACUGAACUUCACAGUGAGUCCAGUGAAUGUACCUGAGCCUGACCUGAUCACAAAGAGCCAUGUACAAUUCAGCUUGCCCUGCCUGUCAGGCCUCUACUACACAACCACGGUCAAAGAACACUACAGCAAACUGGAAGGAGAGCGAGCCAGACCUGUCAUCCGCCAGCCGGUCAAGAUACUGAGUGGACCAGAGCAUGGGCUGAACCUCAGCACCACCAAGACUGACUACCUCCCGUUGAAGACCUGCAGAUUUACACCUCCAUCACCACCGAAGAGCAACAUCAGGUUUCCACAGGCCCGUCAGCACAUCAGCACCACCCACAGUGAAGACUACACCACCAAACCUUUGAUCCCGCGGCGUGCCAGCUGCAGCCAGUUCAUCAGUCAUUUUGUCGUGCAGUGACAUGACAUGUUCUCUUUCUCUUGUGUUCCUGCCCAGCUCUUAAUAAAAGAGAAUCAAGUGUA